GCCUUCUCAGUGGCGACGAGCAUGAACCGACUCGGUGCGCUUGUCACUGCCGUCCUGCACGGCCAGAAGCGCACCAACCCGAUGACCAUUCGUGUGCAUACCAAGACGACCACACAAGGCGACAUGAUCGCAGUCAAGCCAGGUCCUUCCACGGCCGGUCCGACGCCGACCGAUAAACAAGUGAUGUGCACGGUGCAAGAUGCGGUGCCUGUGAGCAUCGAUCCAUCCGACCGCGCUAAUGCACUCCACGUGGCGUCGCUCGGGGUCAUUAGCGUCAUGGGCGGUCAGUACUAUGGCUGGAACGCGGCACUCUCGACAGGGUUCGUCCCCUAUGUCGUCUCGCAAAUCGUCAUGGGGAUGACGUACGUCAUCUACAUGUCGUGCGCGGCCGAGAUUUGCGGCAAAAUCGCCUUUUCCGGUGGCUCGUACGGUCUCGCGCGCGUCACGCUUGGCUUCUAUGUCGGGUACUUGGUCGGGUGCAUGGAGCUCCUCGAGUACGCCGCGUCGUCGUCCGUGUCGGUGAAUUUCCUGGGCGAAUUCAUCACCGGCAAGCUAAACUUGGACGUGCGCUACGAGCCGGUUGUUUGGCUGGUCUACUUUGUGCUUGUCAAUGGCUUCUUCAAGCUCCGAGGUCAACUCAUGUGGAACCUCUUGGUGGUGUUUGCCUUGCUCUGCGUCCUCCCCGCGGUUCUCUUUAUCGCGGGCACGAUACCGUUUGCAAAUUUAGCGCAAUAUGGGUACGUGCUGAACAACGAGACCGAUCCUCCUACGCACAUUUGGGCGAGUGGCAAUCUUGCGACUGCGUACUUUGCGUGGUUGCCCUACACCACGUGGGCGUAUGCAGGGGUCGAAAGUCUCUCGCUCGUCACCGACAUGACGGGCGAGCCGAAGAAGGCGAUUCCGCGUGGCAUGCUCGGCGCUGUCUGGACGCUUUUUGUCCUCAACGUCUCAAUGGUGUGUCUCGUCCCGUCGUUGCCACCAGGUAUUGUCAGCGCCACCAGCGCCACGUACCCGCUCAACGCCGGUUUCGCCUUGGCGUACGGGAAGUCGGACACACUGGGUGCCUGGCUCAUCGUGCCGGCGCAAGUCGGGAUGGCCGCGGGGUUUGUGCUUCCGUCGGCGCGGCUGUUGCAGGCGCUCGCCGACUCGACGCUCUUGCCCCAGUGGCUCGGGCUCAAGCAAACGGUGAGCGCAAAUGGCGGUGGAUCCUGGCGGGCGCUCACGCUUUCGUCUCUCUUUUCAUUUCUCUUGUGCGUCUGCAGCUAUGCGAGCCCGGCAUUUUCGAGCGCGCUUCAAAAUACCUUUUUGCUGGCGGGCUGCUUUAGCUACAUCGCGCAAAUGAUUGGCUUCAUCUUGCUUCGCACAACGUACAAAGCCGAGAGCCACGGAUACAAGUCGCCAUUUGGCGUACCCGGCGCGGUGUUUGCCUGCACUGUCUACUGCUUGUUGGGGCUCUCGAUUGUCGGCGGGUUCCAGGGCGACAACGGCACGGCCGCCCUCGCAGGGUUGGCGUACGUGACACUCCUCACGGGAUACUACUUCUACGCGUGCAAGGACCGCCAAACGAUUUCGAAAGACGAAUAUGCGUCCAUCUUUCGCUUUACGAUCAUCAAAUUCAACAAUCUCAAACGAAAAGCCGCGCGGCGCGCCAAACACAAGGCGAAACCGAGUUUGUGGAAGCGAUUCGCGGCAAAAGUGCGCCCGUCGACGUCGACGUCCAAGCCCAGCACCAAAAUUGGGUACACGGACGUUGGCGUUGGUCACCCCAAGUUGCCACGUCCGGCGAGCCAAAAGUAGUAAAUUCGUGUUAUGUCGAAUAUGGUAUAGCUCAUAAGGGUCGAUUCAGAGUAACUCUUGGCAGCGGCUUUUUGAGAAAAAUGAAUUUCUCGGCCAAUCAGAGGCCGUUCCAGC